AUUCAAUGUCGUGCUCGCGAAUGAAUGUUCCUUUUCUUCCUGCCUUUUGUUUCUUUUUACCGUCAUGUCCAGCUUUGCCGUCGCACGAGCAUACCAUCAGUCUUUCCACACUUACCCUAGUAUCACGCUUGCCUGCAUAGGUGGAACCAUGAAUGGACUCGGCGAUGUCGUUGCUCAGGUCUCUCAGAUGAUCUUCACAAAAGCACAUGAACAACGUCCUUCGUAUGAUUUUCACAGAACAUUUCGCUUUUUCUGCUUCGGUUUUGCAAUAAGUCCCUGGAUUGGAAGAUGGAACAAAUUCCUCGAGUGUCGAUUCCCAAUAAGGCGCACUUCCACCAACUCGAGUCGUGGAAGGGCCAAAUCUCUCGCCAAAAGAGUCGCCUGUGAUCAAAUUUUCAUGGCACCAAUUGGGCUCGCUCUCUUUUUGGGUUCUAUGGGAUUAAUGGAAGGCCGAAAUCUCUCUCAAAUACAAGAAAAAUACAAAGAUCUUUACAAGCCCGCCCUCAUCACCAACUGGCAAGUCUGGCCCGUCGCGCAACUCGUCAACUUUCGUUUCAUGCCUCUGCCCUAUCGCGUCCCCUUCCAAUCCACAUGCGGUGUGUUCUGGACGCUCUAUUUGUCCAUCAUCAAUUCAAAUGAGGAUCAAAAACAAGAUAGACGGGAUCCCUCGAACUGAAUUUCUUCUCAACAUGGACACUAAUAUAUAUACAUAUCUAUCGCAUUUAAUCACGAGUUCCUCUCAUCAUUUCAACCGGAAUCAUCUGUAGUCCAUACUAGUCAUACAUCCUAGAGCAUGUAGUAGCAUACAACAUUUCAUGAAGCCCCAUACUUGUGUCUAAA